AUGAAGGAGUGGGAUACCCUGCCCCUGCCGAAAUCCACAGUUCUUCGGGUAGUCCAUGAGUAUUGUUUGGUGCCUGUGGCCCCUCGCACCCAUGAAGUUUUGUUUGCCAAUUUCCCUUGGGCCCCCCCCCCCGAGCCUCGGAUAACCCUUAAAGUGGGGGGACAGCCGGUGACCUUCCUGGUCGAUACGGGAGCUCAACAUUCAGUUUUAACUGAGGCAAAAGGACCCUUGAGCUCUAAAACGUCUUGGGUUCAGGGGGCAACUGGAGGCAAGUUAUAUCGAUGGACAACCGAACGGAAGGUCCACCUGAGCACUGGGCAAGUAACGCAUUCCUUCUUACUGGUCCCAGACUGCCCUUACCCUCUCCUAGGCAGAGACCUUCUUUCAAAAGUAGGGGCCCAGAUACAUUUUCAGCAAAAAGGGGCCACUAUUACUGGCGCGGGAGGGCAGCCCCUCCAGGUACUGACCUUGCGCCUAGAGGAUGAACACCGGCUGCACGAGGACUCUCCACCGUCCGUGCAGCCCCUAGAUUCUGAAUGGCUCACUAACUACCCUCAGGCCUGGGUGGAAACGGCCGGAAUGGGACUAGCUGUAAACCAGCCGCCCAUAAUUAUAAACUUAAAACCCUCGGCCACCCCCAUACCGAUCCGGCAAUAUUCAAUGAGCAAAGAGGCCAAAGAAGGCAUUCGGCCACAUAUACAGAGACUACUACAAUUGGGCAUUUUAAUACCUUGCCAGUCACCCUGGAAUACUCCUCUAUUACCCGUAAAAAAACCCGGCACAGGAGAUUACCGGCCGGUACAAGAUUUACGAGAGGUUAACUGGAGGUCAGAGGACAUACAUCCCACGGUGCCGAAUCCCUACAACUUGCUCAGCACCUUACCCCCAAGCCAUGUCUGGUAUACGGUGUUAGAUCUAAAAGAUGCAUUCUUCUGCCUGAGGUUAAGCUCUCAAAGCCAGCCUAUUUUUGCUUUUGAAUGGAAAGAUCCUGAGACGGGAUUCUCAGGACAACUCACUUGGACAAGGCUGCCACAGGGAUUCAAAAACUCCCCUACUUUGUUCGAUGAGGCCUUGCAUCGGGAUUUGGCAGAUUUCCGAGUUGGCCAUCCGGACCUCGUCCUUCUGCAGUACGUGGAUGAUUUGCUCCUGGCGGCUAGGACAGAACAGGAUUGUGUAAAAGAAACCGAGUCCCCCUCCCUAGUAAUGCAUGAUUGCCACCAGAUCCUAGCUGAAGUCCAUGGCACCAGAGGGGACUUGACGGACCAGCCUUUGCCAGAUGCUGAAGCAACCUGGUACACCGAUGGGAGUAGCUUUCUACGAAAUGGCUGGACAGAAGCUUUCCCCACCAAGCAAGAAACCGCCCAGGUGGUUGUCAAGAAAAUCCUGGAAGAAAUUUUCCCCCGGUUUGGACUGCCCAAGGUAAUAGGGUCGGACAACGGCCCCGCCUUCGUCUCCCAGGACAGGCUAAAGGCGCUCCAGAUUAUCCAGCACCAGAUCUGGAAACCCCUUGCGGCUGUCUACCGCCCCGGAGACACAACCGGCCCACACCCGUUCCAGAUCCGGGACUCCGUCUACGUCAGGAGACAUCAGUCCAGGACGCUUGAGCCCCGCUGGAAGGGCCCAUAUACUGUCCUACUGACCACCCCAACCGCCUUAAAGGUAGACGGCAUUGCUGCUUGGGUCCACGCCUCACACGUCCAGCGCGCCCCAUCAACGAGCACCGCUGACGCCAGCCAGGACGGACCGGACGAGCCACUCCAAUGGAAGCUCCACCGCACCCAAACCCGCUCAAGAUAAGACUUUCAAAAAU